UGGACACCAUAUACCAGAGACUGGUAAAUGCGGCUGAUUGGCCACUGCUACAGCCUAAACAACACAAGAGAAAUCGUGCUACAAACGUAUAGGCGGAAUCAUGAGUCUCAGGAAGCAGACCCCGAGUGACUUCUUGAAGCAGAUCAUUGGCAGACCAGUUGUAGUCAAACUCAACUCGGGAGUGGAUUACCGAGGUGUCCUAGCCUGUCUCGAUGGCUACAUGAACAUUGCAGUGGAGCAGACUGAGGAGUACGUCAACGGCCAGCUGAAAAAUAAAUAUGGAGAUGCCUUUCUGAGAGGAAACAAUGUGCUGUACAUAAGCACCCAGAAGAGGAAGAUGUGAUGGAGAGGAUUUUUGCUAUUUUUUUUGUAUUUGACAUUCUGCUAAAUGUAUAAUUAGAAUAUUUUUUGUAUUGUCUCUGAACUAGUUUUUUUGGUUAACAAACAAACAAAUGUUUUCAGAUGUUUAUGUUAAUAAAUUCGGUUUUCCCUACCACAGUCUAGUGGAAUAGGUGAAUGUUGUCUAAUAAUAAACCUGUGUGUGAAAGAGUCA